AGAGACUCCGGUUGAGAGAGAGAGAGAGAGAGAGUGCCGAGCUUUAGUUGGAAGUAGCCUGGUCGAUCUCAGAGGGAGGGUUUCAGCUAGGAAGGCAAGGAGAGAGACUGCUGAGCAAUAGGAGGGGCUGAACAAACGGCUCGGAAAUGGCGGCUGCGCCGGCUAGAGCUCGAGCCGACUACGAUUAUCUAAUCAAGCUCCUCCUCAUCGGCGAUAGUGGGGUAGGAAAGAGUUGCCUGCUAUUACGUUUCUCUGACGAUUCUUUUACAACGAGUUUCAUUACCACUAUUGGGAUUGACUUUAAGAUUAGGACCAUUGAGCUUGAUGGGAAGCGUAUCAAACUACAAAUAUGGGAUACUGCUGGCCAAGAACGUUUCCGUACAAUUACAACAGCUUAUUACAGGGGAGCAAUGGGUAUACUGCUGGUCUACGACGUAACGGAUGAAUCAUCUUUUAAUAACAUCAAGAACUGGAUCAGGAACAUUGAGCAGCAUGCUUCUGAGAAUGUCAACAAAAUAUUGGUGGGUAACAAAGCUGACAUGGAUGAGAGCAAAAGGGCUGUGCCAACAGCGAGGGGACAAGCAUUGGCUGAUGAAUAUGGUAUCAAAUUUUUCGAGACUAGUGCAAAAACAAAUUUCAAUGUGGAGCAGGUCUUCUUUUCAAUAGCUAGAGAUAUAAAGCAAAGACUUGCAGAAACUGACUCCAAAGCUGAGCCCCAAACUCUGAAGAUCAGCAAACCUGAUGCAGCCACAAGCUCAACUGCUGCUUCAGCAAAAUCAACGUGCUGCGGCUCAUGAGGUAUCUAGAGGACCGGGAUCGAUAUGAGGUAUCUAGAGGACCGGGAUCGAUAUGAAGUUGCAUUGCAUGUGUUAUGUAGUUCCUCAAUUCUGGGGAGUUGGUUCCAAUUCGCUAAGCGAACUGGCAGCACCUUCUGCUCCACUAUUGUAACAUUAUGGGUGUUGCUUUUGCUCCCAAAAUCUCUGGGGUGGAAAUUCUGCAAACGCUUUUAUUUAUGUAAGUUGAAAUAAUGACCUGCAUCCUGCUUAGUUAAAUAGCUGGGGCGCUUGUCCUUGUGACUUUCUAUUUCCUCAAUUAAAAAAAAUACAAGUCUCUUUCUAUUUCUUUGUUC